AUGGAUACCCCAGUUUCCCAAUCGAUAGCGGUCGUGGUGAGAGGAUCACCGGUGUUAGCCGUCCUAAUUGUUGUAUGGAAAUUUUUUCACUAAGUAAUGCGCUUGUACCACUCACUGAUAGCAUCGGUAGAUCGCACUGCUUUCCGGGACAAGCCUGGUGUACAAUCUCUACUUCCACCCUCUCUCCAUAUUCUCCGGCCCGUGGUACUUUGCAGCAUCAGAUCUCCCUUACGCCAUCACCCAGCUCUUGGGGACAAGUCAAUACACCCUCGCCACGGCGCACGCUCGGUAUGGAGAUGUCGUCCGCAUCGGUCCCAAUGCGCUCACGUUCACGAACCCCAAAGCUUGGGACGGCCUCUAUGGUCUGAGAAAAGGUGGCAUUGCAGCUCUCCCCAAAGAUCCCCUAUUUUACAGUGAGAUGUUGCUGGGAGAUGAGACGAUUACGAGAGUCAGCGACACAGAUGCCAUUCCCAUCCGCCGGGCGAUGAAUGCUGCCUUUGCCCCGAAGAAUCUCUUGCUGCAGGAGUCCAUGCUCAAGGAGCAUAUUGAGCGGCUGAUGUCUCAGCUGGCCACCGAAAGCGAGAAAUCCGUAAACGAGGGCGUGGACGUACGCAAGUGGUUGUAAGUAUACUGACCCCCCAAAAGAGCGCAGUGAGAAAUCGCAGUCUCGAGGCAAUAUCUACACCCGAGCAACGUUGACGAGGCGAGGCAUAGGACAAUGUCCAUGUUCGACAUCAACUCCCACUUCAGCUUCGGCGAAGACAUGGGAUGCGUGCGCAACGGCAAAUACCACCACUGGGUCCAGUUCGUCGUCGACUUCUUCUACGCCGCAACGCUCAUUCAUCAAUGUCACAAGUUCUGGCCUCUCGCGCCUCUGCUUGCCAGCCUAAUGCCUUCCUCAGUGCAGAAAGCCAAAGCGCAGCACAACGAGGCGUCCCUGGAUCGUGUCCGUCGACGGAUGGGCCAGGACGACGGCGACAGAACCGAUUUCAUGCACCAUUUCGUCCGACAGGCGCAGAGAGACAAUCUCUCGAAGGACAUCAUCGAGGCGCAAGCAAGCGUCGUCAUUCUAGCCGGGAGCGAGACUUCCGGCGUUGGCUUGACCUCUACCGUUUUCCAAGUCUUGAGCCAUCCUACCGUGUACAGGCGGCUGUGUGAGGAGAUCUGCACCCUGUUCCCGACAGUCGCGGAUGUCACUUUGCUGGAUACUCUGAACAAGCUCCCGUUUCUCCACGCGGUGAUUUGGGAAGCGUUGCGCAUUCACGCGCCCUUGGCUAAUGGCUUCACUCGUGUCGUGCCCGAGAUGCAGAAAGACUUUGUGGCGUACGAUGGAGUGCAUCUUCCAGCUUCAGUAAGUCUGAUCUGGUUCUGGCUCGAAUUCGCAACAAGAAUACUAAAGUUGGUGUCUAAAACAGACAGUCGUUCACAUCAAUCAUUACGCAAUCAACACCUCGCCGCGCAACUUCCGUGAUCCCCUUGCCUUCAUCCCUGAGCGAUGGUUAGGAGAUUCGAAGUACAAAGAUGAUCAAAGAGAGGCUAUGCAACCCUUCUCGGUUGGGCCACGGAAUUGCCCGGGACGAAAGUAUGUGCAAUUCGAAUGAUUUUUUGGGAAGACAAUGCUGAUAACUCGAAGCUUCGCCAUGAACAACAUGAAGCUCGCGAUGGUGUAUUUGAUCAUGACAUUUAGUAUGGAACUCUGCGAAGGUAUGCAAGGUUGGGAUCAGGGGCAGAAGAUAUACAAUGGUUGGUUGCAACCUCCGUUGAUGGUGCGAUUGCGGAAACGGGCUUGA